CAAGAUUUUGCGCACUUCUUAUUGCUUAUAUUGCUCGGCUCCGAAUGCUCUUCACUUGCACAUACGCCGAUAUAUCCACUCUGUCGACUACCCGCCCAUCGAAUUUCGGGUUUAUUGUUACUUCUGUAAUGGAUGGUCUACCCGAAACCUGCCCAGGGCACAUCGCACCUAACUUGUGUACAGCAAGGGUUUUGGUUCCAUCUUGACCUUUUUUUUUUUUCAUUCUACAUAUUCUUGUUCUCAACCUGUUCUUUGAACCAUACGCCUUCCUUCUCAGCUCGAGCUUUCUUUCUGUCCUGGAAGGCGUUCAUUUUCUUCAUUCGUUUUUUUUUGUGCUUGGCCACUUGUGUUUCCCCUUGUCGCCCUGCCACGUCACUAGGGCCGACAAGAUAUCACGCACGCUGUUCUGUUGAAAGCUUGAUUCAUUCUUGCCUUAUACUUGUUGUUCACUUCUAUCAUUCUAUAGCCCUGACUUUUCCAGUCUUGGUCUGCCCUUUGGGGGUCUUACAGUUGGAUAAUGUAUGUACCUAGUCAGAGUAUCCUUGGAGGCUGUCUCCUGGAUACGAGCUCCUACGCAUGAGUUUCCUACUCUUCACUUCUUU